GUAAUUUUUCGUGGUGGUGUUUUUACCUGGUAUUGGUCAAAGUGUUUUUCUCUGCCUGCACGUUAGUGUGGAGGAUCAUGGUAAUUCUUGGUCUUUGCCCUCAGGAGUCUGGACGCAGUGGCUUUAGCCCUUGUCUGUGUAUUAGAGUUUUUUUAUCAUGCGGACGCCCCUACCGUGUACCCCUUCCAUGGUCACGUGACUUCCACGUGAUCCAAGAAUGAUCACCUGGAGUUGUUGUCACGUGAGUGAAGAAUGUGGGGCCCGAGAUUUUUUUCUCGGGGUUGAAAUUAAAAAAAAUAUUUAUUUCUGGGGCUGGGUGUUUUUAUCCGUUGUUGGGGUAGAAGAUACGGUGUGGCCUGAGUUACAGUGUGUGGGGUUUUCAAAAGUUUUUGGACGGUUUGAUGUGAAACUAAGGUCGUGAAUCAUCACACCAUGAUAAUGAUAAAUGUCUUUCUCUGUAGUAAUUGCUGGGUCCACUGAGAUUUUCUGUUUUGCUGUAGGAUAGGUGACAUGAGAUUAAUGAUCAUCAUAUUCACCAAGAAAAAAAUAAAUAAAUAAAAAAAGUGAUAAAUGAUGAUCAUGCUUUUGGCAGACUUUCUUGAUUUUGUGCUAUACCAUGUGGUCGCUUGAUAUUAAUCUCAUAAAGCGUGAACCACAUUCGAUAACCUAUAAUGAUAUCAUAAAAUGAAAUGUCGAUAUCAUGGUACGUGCCCGCAUUUAAGUCGGAUUGUUUUCCAUAUGUGUCGUAGCUAAAUUCGUUUUUGUAUUUAAGACAAAAGUACUAGAAAUGUUGCGUGAUUAGUCCUUUGGACCGUAGAUCAAUUGAAACCACUUGUCGUGUGAUUGGCCGUUCAUAAUUAGUUCGGCUUUUAUUUACCUUAUUUGGACCGCUGAUUCAUCCGGGUGCUGUUUAUUUGAAGGCGUGUCAGGUUUGAAAUAUUAAAUACCGUGAACUGUCAUAUAAGUAUAAUGUAGGUCCCAUCGCUGACUUUGCUUGAUCCUCAAUUAUGUGAUGUUUUCGUGCAUAUAACAAUCUUUCCUAGUAGCCCAAUUCAUAAUGUAAAUUAAGUUAGGUUGGUGUUGUGCCCAUCGUUGAUCCUCGCAUAAUUUGGUCUAUUGGAUAUUAGCCUUGUUUUGUUUACUAAAUCGAAGUACUUCCAUUCGAUAACAAUGUUGAUGCGACAUGUUGUCUAUUAAUUGCACUUGUGUGCUCAUUGGUUGUCGAAGGAAUGCCACGGUUCCGAUCUAUGUAUGGUUGUGAAUUUUGUCUUUGUUGGCGAAGAACUUUCUCGAUACUCUCCCACUAUGCUCAUCUUCAUAAUGUUGGUUGACUCAUAGUCUAUUCAUAUGCAAAUUUAGUUUAACAAAAAAAAAUCUGCAAAACGAGUAGAUUAAAGGGUUUUCUAACUGGAUCCAACCUGUUGGUUGUUGUGAAUGGAAGACAAGUUUUGUCCAAAACUUGCCUGAAUCGGACCGUGUGGGACUCCUUUUCUUGUCCUAAUCUAUAGAGUUUAUGUUGUUCAUAUUUUAGUGAUAUUUUGGACUAUCUAUCAUCACACAAUCCCACCUCACCAUAUCUUUUGCUGUAUCUAGCUGUCUACGAACCACAAUGAGAAACUAAUUCAGCCAAGUUGUUAAGGGGUGCGUCGUGCCAUUGUUCAUUUGUAUGCAUAUCAGGAGUUUGGUGGCAUUGCAAGUUGUUAUAAUAUUCUAGGGUCAAAUGUUGCCUGGUUGUAGUAGAAUAUUCAGAAAGAUUGUUACCUAACUUUUGAGUAAUUAUUUUAUUCCCUCAAUUAUGCAUUGCCCGUGUUCGUAUCCAUUGCAAUAAAUUCAGUACUGCUACACGUCAUCUGCCUUCGAUUGCAAAGCAUUAGGGAUUAAGGGAUCGAACUUCUCUUCCCGUCUUCUGAAUGGACUCAGUUAAACGAUCCGCAGUCACCCCAAGUAAGAGCAGGUUAGCGCGUACUUUUGCAAAGGUUCUUCAUAUUCAAGCUGUCACAGGGGUAGCUCCGGAAGAUGGAGUGGAAAAGAGAAAGUCCCAUGAAAAGACGAAGAAGGAUCUACUAAAGAAAAGUACUCGAAUUCCUUCCUUUGAAGAUGAAGAUGAGGAGCUGCAGGAUAGGGCAGUUAGAGAAGCAUUUCUUGCAAAAUUGUUUGCCAGCUUAUCUGCCAUUAAAGCCGCAUACGCCCAGCUGCAAUUCGCGCAAUCUCCUUAUGAUGCUGAUGGGAUUCAAUCUGCAGAUCAGAUAGUUGUGUCCGAGCUAAAGAAUUUGUCAGAGUUGAAGCAGUGUUACCUGAAAAAACAGCUGAACGAGAUGUCUCCGGAGACAACUGUGCUUUUGUCCGAAAUCCAGGAGCAGAAGAGUCUUGUCAAAACUUACGAGAUCACGAGUAAGAAGUUGGAUUCUCAGCUCAAGCUUAAAGACUCCGAAGUAACCUUUCUUAAAGAGAAAUUGGCAGAUACCAAUAAGGAUAACAGGUCACUUGAAAAGAAGCUGAACUCAAGUGGGCAGUUAGCCAUGCCUGAAAAUACUCGGUUCUCAGACCUAAAGCCUACCCAUUUUAUCGUAUACCUCCGGCAGGCGGUGAAAUCGAUUCGAAGCUUUGUCCGACUGCUGAUCACUGAGAUGGAAUCGGCAGACUGGGAUUUGGAUGCUGCGGCCAGUUCAAUAGAACCCAAUAUUUCUUUCUGGCAACCCAAUCAUAAAUGCUUUGCAUUUGAAUCCUUUGUAUGCAGAGAAAUGUUUGAUGGUUUCAACCACCCCAAUUUCUCCACAAGAACAUCGGCCGAGCAGGGAGGUCAUCACCAACACCGUCUAUUUUUCGACAGAUUCAUGGAGCUGAAAUCCGCGAGACCGGCAGACUACCUAGCAUGGAAGCCCAAGUCACUAUUCGCAACAUUUUGCCGUAAGAAGUACUUGAGACUCAUCCAUCCGAAGUUGGAAGCGUCCCUCUUUGGGAACUUGGACCAUAGGAAUUUGGUCAAUUCUGGGGAUCUCCCGGAGACAUCAUUCUUCACAGCUUUCAGUGAGAUGGCGAAGCGCAUAUGGCUCCUACACUGCCUGGCCUUGUCUUUUGACCCAGAGGUAUCAAUCUUUCAAGUUUGCAAGGGAAACCGGUUUUCUGAAGUUUACAUGGAGAGCUUGAGCGACGAGGCUUUCUUAUCGUCUGACGGGACCCUGGAGACCGAUCCCCGGGUGGCUUUUGUGGUGGUUCCAGGGUUCAGAAUCGGUGCAACCAUUGUUCAAUGUCAGGUUUAUCUACGAUAAACGUAGGUUGGCUAAGAUGAGUAUGUGACUAGAUUGAAUUUUUAAAAAAAGUUUCUUGGGGAGCAAGAUGAUUGCUAUGGCUUGCCUAGAGGCAAGAGCUUUUUCUGAAACGAUUUGCAUGGUCUUACAUAGGUAGAUUCUUCAUAGUGCAAUAUGCUUUUUUAAGAGCUCCCCAGUUUUGUUAAUACUUUGGGAGGAAUAGUAAGUGUAAAUUGUAGUACUUCCUUACUAUUAACAAGUAGCUUUGAUGUACUAGUUUAUUACCUUCA